GGACUGUCCGGUAUCAGUCUCCCGGGAUCCCCCAGGACCGGGUCCGCUCUCGGAGGCAGCCCUCCCGGGAGGGCAGCGAGCACCUGGCGCUCCCGCGGAGGAGACGGUGAAGAGCGGUGCGGUGCGCUCACUCUGCUCUGCAACGAGUGGCAGGCGGACUGGCGAUGAACUAUCAACGGCCGGCCCUCCUCCCCGCUCAGACCCUGCGUUGCCUGCGCUCCUACCUGCGGGUACAGCUGGCCGAGCCGGGCUGGGCGGCCGGGCUGCUGGGCGAAUGCGGGCGGACCGUGGACGGGCUGGAGGCGCUGAGUGUCGCGCACCGUGAGCUGGCCCGGUGUCUGGGCAGCAGCGCCGACUCGGCCGCUCUUCGCCAGCGGCUGCUGCGCGCCCGGUGCUCGAUGAGAGAGCGGAGCGCAGCGACAGGAAUCAAGCUGCUGCUACUACUGAGCAGAAGGCAGAGCCUGGAGCCUGUGGACCAGGAGCAGCUGCAACACUGGUGGCUGCGGUUCGCCUUCUGCAUGGAACUGUUCCAGCGGGAUCUCGGCCUGGUGCACCGUCUCAGCCAGCUGUUCCCCCAUGACCAUUCCGCUGUCUUCCUGACCAACACGGGGUUGACCUGUGACGCUAUAGAGGAGAGCACUGAGCAGGAGGCCAAUGGGGAGACAGACUAUGUGGAGCCGAGUCUUGAGGCGCAAAUUGCAGAGAUUGGGAUCAUGCUGUUCGAGGUGGAAACCAAGAUCCAGGCUCCAAGCUGGGGCCUGGAACCCACCGCGGAAGCUUGGGCAGAAGCAAGCUUUGGAGAUGGAAGCAACACAGAAUCACCAGACAUGCUGACCGAAGAGGAAGCGCAGCAGGGCAAUAGCCGCACUUCAGGAGAUUGCUGCACCAUUGCAUAGAUGCAUGAUUACAUAGUUGCAGUUGCAUAGCCAGGAGAACCCUACAUUAGCAAUUAUUCCAUCUGCUCCAAGUAGAGGUGUACUGGUCAGCUGCAAGGAAUAUGAGUAGAAACAUAGAAAAUAGGUACAGGAGUAGGCCAUGCGGCCAUUCGAGCCUGCACUGCCAUUCAAUAUGAUCAUGGCUGAUCAUCCAACUCAGUAUCCUGUACCUGCCUUCUCUCCAUACCCCCUGAUCCUUUUAGCCACAAGGGCCACAUCUAACUCCCUCUUAAAUAUAGCCAAUGAACUGGCCUCAUCUACCUUCUGUGGCAGAGAAUUCCAGAGAUUCACCACUCUCUGUGUGAAAAAUGUUUUCCUCAUCUCGGUCCUAAAAGAUUUCCCCCUUAUCCUUAAACUGUGACCCCUUAUUCUGGACUUCCCGAUGUUGGGAACAAUCUUCCUGCAUCUAGCCUGUCCAACCCCUCAAGAAUUUUGUAAGUUUCUAUAAGAUCCCCCCUCAAUCUUCUAAAUUCUAGAGAGUACAAACCGAGUCUAUCCAGUCUUUCUUCAUAUGAAAGUCCUGACAUCCCAGGAAUCAGUCUGGUGAACCUUCUCUGUACUCCCUCUAUGGCAAGAAUGUCCUUCCUCAGAUUUGGAGAUCAAAACUGUACGCAAUACUCCAGGUGUGGUCUCACCAUGACCCUGUACAACUGCAGUAGAACCUCCCUGCUCCUAUACUC